UCUCCUUUGUACAACUCCCCAAACCCCGAGCCGCGCCACCGGCAGCAGAGAGAAACGCCGGCGCCCGCUCGCCCCGUGCACUGCUCCUCCGCCUUGGCCCCGUAGCCGCCAGAUCCCAGGCGCACCAGGGCUUCCAUCGCCGGGAGCUCAUGCCUUCGCUUUAGCUCCCUGUCAUCUCUAAUUGCUCGUCCUGGUUAGGGCAGGGGAUGUCAAAUCUCGAUUCCACGACGCCGCCGGCUGCAGCGGCGGCGAAGAUGGGGACGGCGGAGCAGGACUCUACCACCGCUUCCGUUUCAGCUUUGAAUGAUACACAGAAAUGCAAGAAGAAGAAGAAGAAGAAGAAGAAGAAGAAGAUAGAGAAGAAGAAUAAGACUCGGGAGCAACAGGAGUUACUACCUGAUUUGGAUUCCACAGCGGCAGCAGAGGCAGAGGGACAAGUAGAGGCAAAGGGAAACGAGGUGGAGGAGCAUGAGGCCACCGAUGCUACUGCUUCUGGUAUUUCAAUGGCGGGGACACCAAAAUGUAAUGAGGAGGAUUCCAAAAUGAAGGUCAGUUUGAUGCCUGAGAAGGAAGCCAACACCAUUGUUGUUCCAGUUUUGGAGAGUACACCAAAACACAAGAAGAGGAAGAAAAAGAAGAACAAGAUGCAGGGGCAACUAGAUUCUGCAAAGGCAUCACCUAGUGUUGUUGCUGUGGAUAUAACUAUGGCCGAUAAAUCUGAAAAUGGUUGCACAGAUGUGGUAGGGGCAUCAGGACAUGCUGAUGUUAAUAUGGAUCCCAUAAAUGGUGAUGAUCAAAGUAGUGCUCAGUCAAAGGCAAAUGAUUCUGAUGUUUUACUGAAGAAUAAGGAUGGAAACAAGGUAAAUAAGAAUUGCGCUGAGUACAGCGGCUUGUUGCAGGAGAGCUCUGCACGAAGAAAAAGACGCAAGGGAAAAAGAAAGUGGGCUUCAGACAAUGGAGGACCAGGCUUCUCUUCUGGAAAUAAGAAUUGCGCUGAGUACAGCGAAUUGUUGCAGGAGAGCUCUCCACGAAGAAAAAGACGCAAGGGAAAAAGAAAGUGGGCUUCAGACAAUGGAGGACCAGGCUUCUCUUCUGAUAAUGGAGGCGUGGUUGCUAAGCGUAGCACACAUUCUUCAGCAAAUCAUGGUCUUAGCUGCAUAUGUGCUUCAUGUUUAGUUCAGGCACAUGAAGAGAAGAUCCAAAAUAUCUAUUCACCAAGAGGAUCGCUGGUAAGGUUUCAAAGGAAGAAACUUCUGAUCUUGGACCUUAAUGGUCUGCUAGCAGAUAUAAAUCAAGAUUACCAUAAUGCACACUUGGCACAUGCAAAGGUUCGAAGCAAAUUAGUUUUCAGAAGACCAUACUGUGAUGAUUUUCUGAGGUUCUGCUUCCAGAAUUUUGAGCUAGGAAUAUGGUCAUCAAGGAAAAGGGAAAAUGUCAAAUCGGUUGUUGAUAUCCUUAUGAGAGAUCUCAAGCAAUACCUACUAUUUUGUUGGGACAUGUCUUACUGCACUGUUACGGGGUGCAAAACAAUUGACAACAAGGACAAACCGUUAAUGCUGAAGGAACUAAAAAAGGUUUGGAAUAAGGAUGACCCAAAUCUCCCAUGGGAGGAGGGAGAGUUUUCACCUUCAAAUACAUUACUGGUAGAUGAUUCGCCGUACAAGGCUCUGUGCAACCCGCCAAACACUGCAAUCUUCCCCGAACCCUACAGUUACCUGAACCAGAGGGAUGAUUAUUCCUUGGGACCUGGUGGAGACCUUCGGGUUUAUCUGCAGAGAAUCGCUGCUACAGACAAUGUUCAAAAUUUUGUUCGGGAUAACCCAUUUGGUCAGAAGUCAAUCACAGAGAGUGAUCCAAACUGGAAUUUCUAUGUGAAAAUAGUUGGUAAGAUGGAGAAGCGAAUAGUUGAUGAAGUGGAAAAGAAAUGGAAAAGAAAAUAGUUGAUAAAGUGGAGAGUUCCUUAGGUUAAUAGGAACAAAGGUUCAAUCAAGAGAGUUUUGUAUUUGUUUGUGUUGCUUAGCAGGAGUUUUGCAUUGCGAGCAGUGCUAUCAUGUGUAAUCUAGUUUAGUAAUUGUUGUUUCAUAGACAAAACUUGAUUUGAAGAAUUUUGAUAGGUUUUGUUCUUCUGGCUGAGGGAUGAAUCAUUGUUUGUCCUGUAUCGAGUAUUACAUGCUCUGGUUUUCUGUAACUUAGUUACUGUUGGAAGUUUUGAUGACUAUGCUGCAAGGAUGUUUCAGUUCGAUGGAGCUGUAAUACAUUCGAAUUGUUGUAAAAUCAUCUCAGUUUCAUGGUUUCUUGCCU